UAUCGUUCUAGCGUCGCGUCUACCAUAAGAAAGGGGCUGGAACCAGAAAGAGCGCACCCCUUUAAAACCGAAAACCGCACACCCAUUUAAUUAACUACGCUGUCUGCAUCACUUCGCCUGGCUUUUUGUAUUUUAUUUUCAUCCCACACGUUUGGAGGCGACAAUACACCCUUUUGCUUGUAGUUCUCCAUAAAACCCAAAGAAGAAGACUUCGCCUUGCUGGUUGUCUGUCUGUCUGGCGGUGGCUGUAUGGUUUGUGGUGUGUUUAGGUCUGACGGUGGUGUUUACAAUACCACACUCCGAAUGCGAUGGGAAUGCUGACGAAAUGGCUUUAAAACAAAUCAUUCUCACGUUACUGACCCUGUUUGGGUUCGUAGCCAUCGGUGAUGCCCUGCGGUGUAACUGCACCAACUGUGCAAAGUCUGGUUAUGAGUGUGAGACGGACGGGGCCUGCAUGGCCUCCACGUCCUUCAUCCAGGGGCAUGAGCAGCAUGUAAGGAUCUGUAUCGCCAGAGACAGCCUUGUGCCCCCUGGCCAACCUUUCUACUGUCUGAGUGCUGAGGGACUGCUCAACACACACUGCUGCUACACUGACUACUGCAACAGCGUUGACCUCAAGGUCCCCUCACUCCCAGUGAGCUCUGGUGGCCCCUGGGGGCCGGUGGAGCUUGUGGCUGUGAUCGCAGGGCCAGUCUUCCUUCUGUGCAUGCUGCUGCUGGUGGGAGUGUUCCUGUUCCAACACCACCAGAGGGCCUACAGCCACAGGCAGAGGCUGGAGGUGGAGGACCCCUCCUGUGAACACCUCUACCUGGCCAAGGACAAGACCCUGCAGGAUCUCAUCUAUGACAUGUCCACCUCCGGGUCUGGUUCUGGCCUGCCCCUGUUUGUGCAGCGUACCGUAGCCAGGACCAUUGUUUUGCAGGAGAUCAUAGGGAAAGGCCGCUUUGGAGAGGUGUGGCGGGGGAAGUGGCGUGGAGGAGACGUGGCGGUGAAGAUCUUCUCUUCCCGGGAGGAGCGCUCGUGGUUCAGAGAGGCUGAGAUCUACCAGACCGUCAUGCUGCGACACGAGAACAUUCUGGGAUUCAUUGCCGCAGACAAUAAAGAUAACGGCACAUGGACUCAGCUGUGGCUGGUGUCAGACUACCACGAGCACGGCUCUCUGUUUGACUACCUGAACCACUACUCUGUGACCAUCGAGGGCAUGAUCAAACUGUCCUUGUCUGCUGCCAGCGGCCUGGCUCACCUGCACAUGGAGAUACUUGGAACGCAGGGUAAGCCCGGCAUCGCCCACCGGGAUCUGAAGUCUAAGAACAUUCUGGUGAAGAAGAAUGGCAUGUGUGCCAUCGCUGACCUGGGGCUGGCGGUACGCCACGAGUCCAUCUCUGAUACUAUAGACAUCGCCCCUAACCAGCGCGUUGGCACCAAGAGGUAUAUGGCUCCAGAGGUCCUGGAAGAGACCAUCAACAUGAAACACUUUGACUCAUUUAAGUGUGCUGAUAUCUACGCCCUGGGGCUGGUGUACUGGGAGAUCGCACGCCGCUGCAACACUGGAGGUAUCCAUGAAGAGUACCAGCUCCCCUACUUUGACCUGGUGCCCUCUGACCCUUCCAUAGAUGAGAUGAGGAAAGUAGUGUGUGACCAGAGGCUGAGGCCUAACGUACCCAACUGGUGGCAGAGCUACGAGUCUCUGCGUGUGAUGGGUAAGAUCAUGAGGGAGUGCUGGUACUCUAACGGCGCAGCCCGCCUCACAGCUCUACGCAUCAAGAAGACCCUGGCUCAGCUCAGUGUUGAAGAGGACAUCAAGAUGUAAGCUCGGUGUGGGAUGGACGGCAGAGCCAUGUAGCUCGCUGGAGACUCACAACUACAGAAGACAUGAAAUGUGUCCCAAAGGGCACCCUAUUCCCAGUGUAGUGCACUACUUUUGACCAAGGCCUAUAGAGCUCUGGUCAAAAGUAGUGCACUAUAUAUGCACUAGAGUGCCAUUUGGGACCAGGCUACAGAGGACUGACACUACACAGGGAAAGAAAGGACUGAGACCAAAUCCUGCCAGUUUAAAAGCCACUCUGCAAGUUGUGACAAGGCCUACCUCAACUUUUUAUCCAAAACUACUGAAAUUCCCUUCUGCCCCUUCUCUCUUCCUCCCUUUGUUCUCCUUCACCAUGUUAACCCACCCUCCUCUCCUUCCCUUUUCACCUCACUACAACACUACAGCUGUUAAUACUACCAUUAUUAUCAAUACAAACUGCCCUGUUCAUUUUGUUUUGUGUUCUGAGGCAGGAAUUAUUACUAUUGUACAGUGACAGGAAUUUUGUUUGAAAAUUAAAAAAAACAAAAAAUACAUCUUAAGAAAAGAAGAUUUCCCUUCAACGGACUCACUACAUCCUGAAAACUCAUUGAUGGGACUUCAUGCCCACAUUUUUAGGUUAGAAUAUUGUGUUAUAACUUGUUUGUUUUCAUGGCAAUGUAUUGCUCUUGCAUGUGGGAGAGUAGCACAAGCACUGUUUUUGUCCCCCACCGUCUGUUUCAGGAUGAAACCAACCUACCAUAUAAGGCACUUUUACAGGCAUGUCCCAACAUCAGGAGAGUAGACUGCAGCCAUUCCUAUACUGCUUUCAGAAGCCUGGAAUAGCAUGUAGUUUAUUGGACAACAUUUCCCAUUGGUCAUUUAACAAUGUGUUUUUAUUUAAACCGAUGUAGUGUGCAUUCUGCUACUUGAAUACUCCACAAACAAACAUGUUGCACUGUCUGUGACUCACUCCUCCUUGUACGGGACUCCUACAUGUAUCCAAUUUUACAUUUGGUCCAGUUUUUUAUUUUUAUUUGAAUGUUUUAAAUCUGGCAGGGAUGUUUUUUAAGGGUUUUAUUUAUUUGUUAAUAGUUGUAUUAUUUCAUAUUUUGAUGAAUACACUGAUAUGUGAUGAGGAAGCCAAUGUCUCAGCCAGUCAGAUGAUAUAUAACAUCUUUUUAAUUCUGCAUGUGAUAAGUUAGCUGGGGUAGCUCCAACCUCGAUAACUACCGGCUUUCACAUGUUCAUUCUAACAAAAUGGCCUCAUUUCACCUGUGGGUAGUGCUAGUGGCCAAUACACUGAGCAAACGAGGCAAAAUGGUGGCAAUGAAAAUCCUGUUUUAUUAUACACUACUGAUGGAUCUGUUUUAAUUUGUAUAUAAACAUAUGUUUUCUCA